AUGAGCAGACAGGCGCCCACGGUGCGGUCCGUCCUGGGACGAAGAGGCUUCAGCUCGGCUUCGGAGAUCUGCGGGCGCAGCUUCGCCGCCUCCGCCUGCCCGCCCGCGCGCUGCGGCGCCUACAGCAGCCGGAGCGUCUGCAACCUGGGGGCAAGCAGGAGGAUCUCCUACGUGAACGGGGUCUGCGGGACGGGGUGCUUCGGAGAGUUCGGCUUCGGGGGCGCGGGCUACGGCAACGUGGGAGGAAGGGUCGGCCUCUGCGGCCCCCGCGGAUUUAGCAUCGUGAGGGGUUACCCCGACCGCAAGGCCGACGGCAUCCAGGGCAUCUGCAUCGACGAGCGGCUGCUGAAGCCGCUGUGCGUCGGGGUCGACCCGCUGGAACACGAAAUCCGCUGUCAGGAGAAGGAACAGAUCAAGACCCUCAACACCCAGUUCGCCUGUUUUAUCGACAAGGUCCGGUUCCUGGAGCAGCAGAACAAAGUGCUGGAGACCAAAUGGGGCCUCCUGCAGCAAUACGUCCUGCCCAAGAAAGGGAAAAACCUGGAGCUGUACUUCGAGAACUACAUCUGCGACCUGCGGAAGCGCCUGGACUGCCUGCUCUGCGAGAAGCAGAAGCUGGGCAGCGAGGAGUGCGCCACCAGCCAGCUGGUGGAGGAGUUCAAGUGCAAGUAUGAGGAGGAAAUCAACAGGCGGACGACGGUGGAGAACGAGUUUGUGGCACUCAAAAAGGACGCUGACUGCAUCUUCCUGAACAAGGAGGAGCUGGAGGUGAAGGUGGAUCUGCUGAGGAGGCAGCUGGAGCUGCUGAAAUGCGUCUUUGAGGAGGAACGCGCUCAGGUGGAUCGGCAGCUGUGCGACACCUCAGUCAUCGUCAAAAUGGACAACAACCGCGACCUGGACAUGGAGAGCAUCAUCAAGAACGUCGAGUGCUGGUACCAAGAAAUAGCUCAGAAGAGCAAAGAAGAAGUUGACGCUUUCUACCAAACCAGGUUUCAGGAGCUUCAGGACAAGAGAGGCAAAUACUGCGACGAUCUGCAAAGCAACAAGUGCGAGAUUUCAGAGCUCACCCGGAUGAUACAGAAGCUGCAGUGUGAGCUGGAGAACGCGAAGAAGCAGGUCUCCUGCCUGCAAACCUCCAUCUGUGACGUGGAGCAGCGCGGGGACUGUGCCCUGAAAGACGCUCGGGAGAAGCACGUGGAGCUGCAGAACGCCCUCCAGAAGGCCAAGGACGAGCUGGCCUGCAUGCUGCGGGACUACCAGGAGCUGCUCAACGUCAAGCUGGCCCUGGACAUCGAGAUCGCCACGUACAAGACGCUCCUGGAGGGUGAAGAGAGCAGGAUAUGUGUGGGGAACCCGGUGAGCGUGUCUGUGGUCAGCAGCGGCUACAACAUCCCCGACGACUGCGGGCUGCUGGCUGCCAACGCAGCCGCGUGCGGCUACGGCUCCCUGGGGAGACGGUCGGGAAGACACGGCUCCCAGAACGGAGGAUUCAGCUCCCGGAGCGCGGGGAUCCACCCCAAAAGAGUCAUUAGCUCGGUGGCCAAGCAGUGCGUCCCAGAGGUCUAUUGCCAAGCCGGAGGGGUCAGCUGCAAAACUGGGGGAUUCAGCUCCCAGAGCGGGGGGUUCCCGGCCCGCACCGUCGUCAGCACGGGCAACGGGGGCUUGAAUGGUAGGAUGGGGGCUUGCCAGGCCGGUGGGGUGGUCAGCUUCGGAAACCAGGGCUGCGUGGUCAGGCAGCUGGGGGGCUCUCCCGUCGUGGUUGCCAACAGCCCCGAGGCGCUGGGGUGCAACGGCGGCGUGGUGGGGAACUACGGCGUUGUCAGAGACCCGUGUGUUGUUCCCUAGGGCCAUCAGCUGGGGAGGUGGCACAGCCAGCAGCGUCGGAGGACAACGCUUAGACGUGCGCUUCCUACGGCCGACAUGAUGCAGGAUAGUUUCUCUGCCCACUAGUAGCAACGUUGGUCACCAAGCCCACUCCCACAUUUGUUAGCAUCAGAUAUGUACCCCAAAAAGUUCUGUUUCAGAGUCCCCACCCUAAGGACACAUCCAGCAAGCUUCUCCAGCAGGUGCUCAGCUCAGUGUUCUAGAACUCUCCUGUCCAGACUAUCUCAGUGUUUAGGGUUUGCUUGUCGCACCGCGCUCUCCGGCCUUUCCCAUACCCAGCAGAUUCAUGAACAGCGUCCUUCCUCGCGAGACACCUCUUUCUCUUCCCAGAGCAUUUCAGAACAGAGCGCAACGGUGUCACUGCAAAGAGCACACUACGCUCCCUGCUGCUUUGUUUUUCUUUCUUUCUGUUUUUGUCAAAGAAAAACCCUGAGCUGCAAAUUUGAGCUGAAACGUUAAACACGGCGAUUUCAACCUGCAGAGCACCUGCUAGUUACGCUGCAGCCAUUUGCUUACAGAUGAAUAUGUAGCAUUUUCAUUUGCUUUGCAUGUUAGGGGUGGCUUGUUCAAAGCGCGCUGAUUGUUAGAAGAGCUUGGCUCCCCCAUUCCCCCCAAAACACCAAGGGAAGUCACUGGUGCACAAAUCUUCCAGUGACAUCUUGUACUCACGUGAACGGAGCUUCACUCACUGCUCAAAUGUCCCAGCUUCUCACUGCGCCUUCAAUAAACUGCAUUGAACGUA